AUGUCGGCGACUUAUAUACCACACGGUGAUUCAUUUGGUCCAGGGGUUGGCAUCCCAGGAUUUGGCAGACAAGAGCCAAGUUUCAAUCGUGGUGAUAGUGCAGAGUUUUCGGCAACGUCUGACAGUAGCUCCAGGGCCUCUAGAAAUACCGGGGAUACUGGCCUGACUACUCCAUUAGAUGACGGUGGCAGCUACUACGAUCGUGAGCGAUCAUACCAGUCACAAACGCCGGUAAAUCGCUUUAAUAAUAUUCAUUUGCCCGAGUACAAUUCUCCUGGACCCCCAACAGCAACUAUUCUCAACACGCAAAUGUCAAAUCGAGGCUUGAACGCAAACCAAAAUAGCAACCAUCAACACUCCGCUAGCAACAAUUCAAAUACUCCAAUUUCCCCAAGUGAUGCUGGCAAGGAGUGGACCAUAGACCGCGUUUUGCUUUGGCUCGCCAACAACCAAUUCUCGAAUGAUUGGCAAGAAACUUUUAAAUACCUUAAUAUAUGUGGUUCUGUUUUCCUUGAAUUGGGUAGUGGUCACGGAGGGAGAGGAAAUUUUGGCAUGAUGCACCAGCAAGUAUACCCUCGGCUUGCAAAGGAGUGCUCGAGUAGUGGUACCGGCUGGGACCAGGCUAGGGAGCGAGAAGAAGGCAAACGAAUGCGCCGGUUGAUCAGGGGUAUCGUCACUGGCAGGGCACCUGACGUGACGAAAGGAUCUCACGUCCGGAGAGAAUCUUCAACGGCCAACAUCCCCAGUGCAGGCACCGAGGGAACAUUAGAAGGGUCACCGAGUCUAGGUCGUGAGUUUCACGUUUCAACCCCCAGCACCGCGAAUGGAGAAGAUGAUAGUCCUGGAAAAUCAAUGUUCAAAGGUCCAGGCCCGGGUUUUGCGGCUCAGAGGAUUUCUGGCCGAAGUACCACCAUGCCAAUCCUAAGCAAUAAUGGGCAAGCGGGAGAUUCAGAUACAUACAGCUCUCAGAACCGAGCGGUUUAUCGGAAUGCUCUUAGAAACAUUGAUGGUGAUGGUAGCCGUCGCCACAGUCCUAGUGCUAGUAGUGAAACAGGAGAAGGACCUUUCAGGGGUCCCGCACUCCGUAUUGAUGGCAGUCCAAAGAGUGACAGCCCUGGCGGAGCAUUUUCUAAUCUGCAGGCAUCUUCUGCAGGAAACUUAUCAGCAUCGCCUCAUAGCGCGAAAUUUGGGCAUCGAUCCACCAACAGUACCGAUUCCAUUUCGUCAAGCACAGCCAUAUAUGGCUCUGGUGUCCCACCAGGUGCUAACCAGAUUCUGCGUGGUGGAAUGGGAGGUGCUGUUGGGGAGUUGAAUCUAGUUCGGAAUCAGGACAGCCGCCGACAUGGCGUUGACGGAACGCGACCUUCUCCAUUGGAUGACCGGCCACCUAGUUCAGAUCAGCCAAGUUCUGCAAAAGAGUCUAAAGGUUUUCUCAAACAUUUCAGAAAGAAAAAGAAGGACGAUGGCGCUGCCCCUUCCCCAGAAGAACCAAAUCUCGAAUCGCCCACAAGUCCAUCCUUAAGUUUCAAGCCUGCUUCUUUCUUGGGCAAUGGGAAGAUCAGUAACUCCAGCGAGACUUCUCUUGACCGACCUGCUUCGACCUUUUCUGCAUCGGAGUACGACCGCUUUGCUCACACCACUGGUUACCGUGGCAGACGCAACGCGCCUGGACGGAAUUUUAUCCUUGUUACUCUAGAUGGCUGGAAUUAUCGCAUGUGUGAAGUCACUGAUAUAGAUUCAGCCGGCGAGCUUCGGUCCGUAAUUUAUUCAAAUCUGGGCUUAAAGGACGCGGAGUUUGUUCAGAUCUUUCUCACUGAUCUUGGGAGAGCUGAGCACGACGAGCCGUUGGACGAUCAAAAGUUGUUGUUAUAUAGACGGACUAAAGCGGAUCAAUCUGGGAGCCUCAAAUUUUAUAUCCGGGCUCCUCCCCACUCAGCUGCAACGCUGCCCGCGUCGCUGACGGCUGGUCUAGGGAUGAAUUUUGUGAACAAACUCGGUCUGUCCCCUGUCUUACCUCCAACGGCGCCUUUAGACGAAGAGGCAUAUGCGGCCCUGAACGGUGCGAGGAGGCGCUCAAACUCAUCACCGCCAAGCUCUCGACAAAAUACGAUAAAGGCGGCUGGCUUACCAUCAAAUCGAGAUUCACCCAGUUUGCCAACAUAUGAUCCACAAUCAGCACAAUCAGAGAGCCUUCGCGACCGUCUCAUGCAGUCUGGCUUCUCCCACGAGGGUGGAGAAAGCCAGCUUUCUGAAGCUGACAGACAAGCUUUCAUCGAGUUGGCUGCCAGUGAGCACCGGUCAAAGGUUGAACAGAAGCAGAAAGCAUAUUUGGCAAAAAAGAAGGCAAGCAAGGAGACUUCCUCCGUUGACGGUUCAUUUGGCAUUGUUGGGCGCAACGUUGAUUUUGAUCAGCCUCGAAACUCCCCAUUUGAAGACAAGAAGAUGGAAGGUCUCCUUCCUCAAAGAAAACCGCCUCCACCGCCCGCGGAAUCAGCAACACUGAUUAAAGCCAAUUCCUUGAGCAAGAGAACAGGUCAGCAAGCACGUCUGUCCUUAACGAGUACGGACAGUGGUGACGGGAAACGUAUGUCUGGUGGCGAGCCCCUUUCCGAGAUGUCUGAAGCUAAACGAAAGCCCGUGCCUGCCUCUCCACAAGCUACUGGUGGGAUUGCUGCCGCUCUGAUCGGCAUGGGAACCCGCCUGGGAGGGGUGGGUCAACCCAGCCAAAGUAAUUCUAAUCCCGGCCCCUCGCCGAACAUGAGUUCACCGCCGGGAAGCAGUGACCAAUAUGAUCGAGGACGAAGUGCUAUGUCAACUGUUGAUUUUGGAGCCUCUGGCUCCGGCCGGAGUAGCCCUAGAUCAGCAAGCGGCACCCCGGGCAGUACGACUUGGGGUAGAGGAGACACCUCUUUCAUUGUCCCCGACUAUGGAGAGGACGGCAAUGUCAAUACUGCUCGUGACCGCUCAUUGUCAUUGGAGAUACCCAGAAAUUCUGCUGUCUCCAAGAUUCGAGAAGAAGAAGUACGCAGAGUUCCCUCUCCGUCCGAGCUCAGUCCCAGCAGUGCACAUGCGCACCCUGGCAUGAAUAUUCCCGGAAACCGCAAGUCUUAUGGCCCAAAUCUUGACUUCACAGAAUCCAACAUCGACUUCAAGAAUGCACCAAAGCAAGCCGCGCAGGUUGAUUCGGACGACGAUUCAGAUGAUGGUCUUUUCGCUGUGCCGAUAGCAUCUCGUAUACUUGCGAAGAAGUCGAGCUUGAGAAGGGAUCGUUCCGCCGAGUCUGGCACUCUCGGGUCCGACAAUAUGGGGAAACGACCAAGCUUGACCAUCAGAACGUCGAGAUCGAAAAAGGGUCUCUCCGUUUCAUUCUCGUCCCCACAAUAUAGUGCAUCGACGGCCAACGCCUCGAGGACUCCCGAUGCGGAUGACGACGGCUCUCGCAGUUCUGGCAAAAGACCACAACGACGUAUACCUGGUUCUGCUGCUUCAAACUCUGAGGGGUGGUCUGCGGAGUCGUCGGAAGAUAUGAGUGCAAAACUACUCCGCCGGGAGUCAUUUGCCAGAGAGGACCUGUGGGCAAGCAGACCCCCUGCGGAAGCCCUUAUCAACCAUCUAGACGACUUCUUCCCCAACCUUGACCUUGAUCAACCAGUCCUAGAAGCAAGCUCCGGAGGUUCUCCCCCGGUUUCGCCUAUAGCGGAAUCAAAUGAAUCUCUAGAACAGCUGGCAGCAGCCCAGGCCGGGAUGACAAUCGGUGAAACGCCAGCAGCAAAUACUGCCAGAUCCAGCUUGUCCUAUAAUGACGGGGAUACGCUAGGCUCGGAUGAAUCAACUUUGAAAGCACUUGAGAGCCGAGGCUCCAUGCAAAGUAUGGCGCAAAGAAAUAUCCGCCGUUCUGGUGGGCUAGGACGCAUGAAGUCUAUCCGUGAAGUCGCCAGGGGCGCGCAUGAAGCGAACAAACGAUUUACUGCGCCUAUACAGCAAGGCGCUUCCAGCACAAUUCUUCGUCGUAAAAGUACUAAGAUGUUCGGGGCCAAUAUUGUCCAGAUCAAACCUCAGCGCGGUAGCAUGAUUCUACCCCAGAUCCCACAAGACACGAUUCCGAAAAGACAAGCAACUUUCCGAUGGUUUAAAGGCCAAUUGAUCGGCAAAGGAACCUACGGUCGUGUUUAUCUCGGAAUGAACGCCACUACGGGCGAAUUCUUAGCUGUCAAACAAGUUGAAGUCAGCGCAAAAGCCGCUGGGAACGACAAAGAUAAGAUGCGAGAAAUGGUAGCCGCCCUUGAUCAAGAGAUUGAUACUAUGCAACAUCUGGAUCACGUCAAUAUUGUCCAAUAUCUUGGCUGCGAACGAAAAGAAAUGUCCAUCAGUAUCUUCCUCGAGUAUAUUUCUGGUGGCAGUGUGGGAAGCUGUUUGCGGAAGCACGGCAAGUUUGAGGAGGGCGUAGUGAGUUCGUUGACGCGGCAGACACUUUCAGGGCUUGCAUACCUGCAUCGAGAAGGUAUCCUUCACCGUGAUCUGAAGGCCGACAAUAUUCUAUUGGAUCUUGACGGAACCUGCAAGAUUUCCGAUUUUGGCAUUUCGAAGAAAACGGACAACAUUUACGGAAACGAUGCGUCAAAUUCCAUGCAGGGUUCCGUUUUCUGGAUGGCUCCCGAGGUCGUCCGAUCUCAAGGUCAGGGCUACUCGGCGAAAGUGGAUAUCUGGUCCCUUGGAUGCGUUGUUCUCGAGAUGUUCGCUGGAAGGAGACCGUGGAGCAAGGAAGAAACGGUGGGAGCCAUUUACAAACUUGGCAGUCUAAACGAAGCCCCCCCAAUCCCGGAUGAUGUUGCAACCACUAUCAGCCCAGUAGCUGUGGCGUUCAUGUUUGACUGUUUCACGAUCAAUCCCCCUGAGCGUCCCACUGCCGACACGCUUUUAUCUCAACAUCCGUUCUGCGAGCUGGACCCCAACUACAACUUCCUGGAUACGGAACUCUAUGCAAAGAUUCGCGGUGCAUACUAA